AUGGCCAUCACCCCCAGUGGCACCGGCAGUCACUCCCAAGUUUUUCGGGCCGUGGAGCGGGCCACCGGGCGAGAGGUGGCGGUGAAGGCCGUCAACACCGACACCGGGGGUUGGCCGGACAGGGACCGGCGCCACCUCAGCUUCCUGCGGGAGGAGAUCUCGGUUCACCAGGAGGUGUCGGGGCACCCCUUCGUGGUGGAUCUGUUGGGAGUUUUCGAAGACCCGGAGGCGUGUUACAUCGUGGAGGAGCUCGCCCACGGGGGCAGCUUGCUGGACCACAUGCACUCGCGCGCGAGCAUGGGGACGGAGGGAGAGGUGCGGUUACUUCUUAGGAGGUUGCUGGAGGCGUGCGGCUUUCUCCACCACAGACGAAUCGUGCAUCGAGAUAUCAAACCGGAGAAUAUCCUCGUCAUGGACGACGGGGUCAUGCACUCCGGCAAGCUCGCGGACUUCGGGUUCGCCCUCAGGCUCGACCCCUGCCCCCCCCCGAUGAUCGCCGUCGGCACCCCCGAGUACAUCGCGCCGGAGGUCCUCCUCCAGCAGCCGUUCGACGGCCGGGCGGACGUCUGGUCGGCCGGGGUCACCGCGUUCUGCCUGCUGUCCGGCGCCCUCCCCUUCCGGGGCCUUACCCUCGACAAGCUCUACACGGCGGUUCUGGACGGCGCCUGCUCGUUCACCGGGUCCGAGUGGCGUGAGGUCUCCGCUCCCGCCCAGGACUUGGUCCGGAGGAUGCUGGUGGUGGAUCCCGCGCAGAGGUGGACCGCGGGGGAGUUGCUGGAACACCCGUGGCUGUCGGGGACGGCCGGGAUGGCGGUCACCACGCUCAGGCUGGACCGGCGAGGGAGGGUCAGGUUGAAGGCCCUGGUGCUGGCCGUUGUGUUCGUUCAGAGGCUGCGGAGGGGGCUCGGGAGGCCUUGGCCGUCGCAGCAGGAGUUGGGCAGCCCGUGAAGCGAGCAAAUACCGGACCGGGCAGGCGUGGCGUUUGUGUGUGUGUGUGUGUGUUUUUUUUUUCAUUUUUUUUAGGUCCAAAUUUAUCUGUUUCGGAGGGGACGUCAGGAUGGUAGAAGCCGCGAGGGCGGGGGUACGGUGUGGCGUUGUUUUGCUUCACGCAGUGCUGCACGGUUGCAGCUUGAAGUGGGCGGGAGCCCGCGAUGUACAAACAAGUAAGUGUGUCCUUGACGGGAAGCGAACUCAGCGCGAAGAAGGUCGAGGUUGAAACGUUUUUGUGUUAGGCACUUGUGCGUGUUUAGUCAAUGGCGUUGUGUGUGUGGAGUUUAGGAUUGUUUUGGUUGUAUUUUGGAAGGCUCCGCCGAUGGCUUUCUCGCGGUGUUGAGGCCUUGCAGUACCAUAGCUUUUUAUCUGCCCGCAACGCGGCGGACUGUCUUGUUUGUUUUACCUCCAACAAGGCCGGAGAAGUGUGCUUUAGAGAAGUGGUUUGGUAAGCGUGGACGAGGUGGUACGGCCUUUCACGGGGCCUAGGUCUCUACCCCCAAUGCUUGAAAGCGUCCUCCGGUCGUCAAGCGUGAUGUUCAAGGUGCGUGGGAUGCGCCAGUCUCGUUUCGAAAGCCGUCUUGGGACUCCUUUUUUGGCUGCGUUUCAGCUGCUCCGUUCCCACCACAUAAUACGAGACGCGGCUGUGGAGAGGACGAUUGCUUUCUGUUGCCGUUCGAUCGGAGCGGGAGGCUGUCGCGUGUCGUUUUUCAGCGAUACCAGCCAACCCCUCAUGUCACUCCUGACGCUAUGCGCCCUUGGCGUUUGUGUGUGUGUCUGCCCACGGCGUGCCGACCUAGAAAUUACCAAUGGUUUCAGAGCCUCGGCAUUGAGGGAGUAGGAGCCGUGGAGCGACCAAGUGUGUAUCGUCCCCAGGCACGAUGGUGUUUCGCUCUGUGGAAGGCGUGUCGUCGGGCGGGCUGUAGACUAUGUUGUCUGUUCAUUUUUGUUUUGCGGGAAAGGAGCGGCAGGAUUAGAAGCACCACUGCGUCGGUAUGGCGUUGGCCUGUUCUUCUUUAGCGCUGCUGUCGGAACGUCGGGUACCGCCGUGUUAACUAGAGCUAGGGCUGCUAGGUCAUCGCGUGGUUGUUGCUUGUAGGCGUAGACUCUGGGCCGCUUUUACGUGGACGGUGAAUGCAGCAGACCGGAGGGCGGGCGGUCCCGUGUCCUGAUCGUCGUGUCCCUGUGUGGUGUUUCACCCGGCAAUGUUGCGAUUCUGUUCCGUUUUUUUCGGUGUGAAAAUUGUGCACGGUGCCUUCGUGUAUGUUGGCCCAAAUGUAAUACAUUAGUAGUUGUUCUACGACGAUCUCGGGUUCUAAUAUUAGUAUAAUCUGAUGUGGUGGAAGGCUAAGACUGGCUUGGUGGACUCAGUGAGGUGACCCGGGGUCUUGUCGUUGCACGCACCUAUGCUAAUGCUGCUCUGAACCAUCGUUUCUUUCGCGUGGCAAUAUUGCGGGGUGGGUCGUUGUGUAAGUCCUCACAAGCUUGCUAUGCAUAGAGGCGUGCACAAUGGGGCAAUAUCCCAGCACGGGAAAGGUCGGGCUUCAAAUGUGCAUAAAGGACUAGACUCAUCUGCUAACAACCGCGCGACG